AUGGCCAGUGGUUCUCCAGUUGUACUCUGGCUUCCUCCACCAAUAAAAACUGGCCACCAUGAAGUAGCCAAGGGUGUUGAAAGUGAUUGUCCAGCGAUCACAGCACUACAAGACUUACCAGAGUCCCUCGUUUGUUAUCUUCCUGACUACUGUACUGGUAUAGACUGCUGUUAUAACUUUAACUACCUGGAUUUGUCACUUAACAUAAACUUAUACAUUGAUACCUGUAAUUACCUGAUUAAAGGCAGAAUAGAAACUCUCCAGUUUGAGAUCACAUUCUUUGACUAUACUUGGGGUAACAUAAAGGAAGAGAGGUUACAGGAGAUCUUUAGAAUCAGGUUUAGAAUUGAUAAACUGUCAGACCAGAAGUCCUUUAUAAUAGAUUUAGACUUUGGUAUUUGUCUUGAGAAAAACUUCUGUGAUCCUACUUUGACAAUCUUCAAAGAUCAGCUGAUCCCUCAACCUGUGUGUGACCUGGAGAUGGAAUUUCAAUGGAAAAAUACAUCAUUAUUUAACUGGAUGACAAAUAAAGGUCUGCAAAUUGGACAAAGUUUAACAUCAGCACUUGCCAAUGAAUUAAUGGGGUAUUUUGGUUUGAAGCCAUUUCUAAAUUCAGAGCCAUGUGAUAGGAAUGAAAGACCUUAUAAAGAUGCAGGAACUGGGUGGAACACUACAGCUUGUCCUGUGGCUUUGUCUUUGCCAAAGAUACAGAGUACAAUAAGUUGCACACUUCCAGAAUCUUGCACAGGAGUUCAGUGUUGUGUAGAGGUUGGAAAAAUUAAGAUGUCCUACACAGUAUAUGCAGAAAUUGAUGGGUGCAACAUGAAAUUGUCAUUUGGCAUUGAAAAGAGACAUUUUGAAAUUCCACUAAUUAACUACCAAUGGGGGACUGAAGAAACUUUCAGUUUGCUGAAUGUAAUAAAAUUAAGGUUUUCUGUGCACAAUCUACAAGGAGAACAGAAAUACCUUGUGAAUAUGAAACUGAGUGUUUGUUUAGAACCAAAUGGGGCUUGUUUAUUGUCUACAUCAAUACUAGAAAAUUUAAAACUGCCAAAACUAGCUUGUAACUGGUUAGAUAUGGGAUUCAAAAUUCCAGAUUUCUCACUGACAAAGUUUAAAAUUGACAACAGUAUAAUAGGAAAUGUGAAAGGUCUGAUGUUCAUGAAACUUUUGGAAGAACUUGGAAUAUCUACUUAUCUUCAUGAAGAACAAUGCAGUAGAAACUUGCCACCCUAUUUACCUUCCACACAUGGUUGGUCUAACAUGUUAAGACGUGGUUUGGUCUAUUUCCCAGGUACUAUAAGUGAUAGGACCACUACAGUUAGUGUAUGGAAUGAUUGUUAG